CCACGCAACGCAACCAACACCCGGCAAGCAGCCACAACACACACAUAAACUCCCCUCCCUGGAAACAAACAAACACACACAGCGUCACGAGAGCAGGCACCGAUGUGUGUACGGUGUGUGGCGGCAAGCUCACCGAAAAGUGUCAUUGUCUCCCUUCCUCAGCUCUCUUCGGGCUUCGUGGGCGUCUUGGCUUCGGGUUGUUUGGGGAAAUCGCCGGUUAUCUCACGGUAGAUGUUGCGCGGCCACGCCAGCACGUUGCCCCACGCGCACCACGACACCACCUGAGGGAACGACAAACAAACAACACACACAGUACAGUGAAGGGUUUCUUGCCGCCGUGUGCCUGUGGCAGACAGUGAGAGGUACCAUGAUGCCUCCAACGGAGGCGAGGAGUGUAGGGAGGUCGCGGACGAACAUCUUGGACCAGUUGGCGGCAGAGGUGCCGAACAGAAACUGCGCCACGCGCCCACCUUUGGUGUUGUUUGACAUGGUGACCGCUGGUCUGGUUGGAGGGAGCUUCAAGCAACGCCGAGGGAACACAAGAGAGAUUGACGACGACGACCAAAGGGAGCAACGCUGGACUUCCUGAGAGCUUAGCUUCCCG